AUGGUGAAGGAAAGACACACUUGGUGGUUUUUGAAUCCGAAGGACAACCUUUUACACAUCAAUGUGGGUGGGUUAAGGCACACUCUAUGUUCAAGCAUUCUGAAGAAGUUUCCAGACACGCGUCUUGGCCAGCUCUUGUCCUGUGACUCAGAAGAGGACAUUCUACAGCUCUGUGAUGAUUUUGAUGUUCAACAGAAAGAGUUUUACUUCGACCGUAACCCUGGCCUUUUCCCUUAUGUCCUGCACUUCUACCAGACUGGCAAGCUGCACAUUAUGGAAGAGCUGUGCAUUUUCUCCUUCUCUCAGGAAAUAGAGUACUGGGGCAUCAGUGAAUUUUUUCUGGACAGCUGCUGUAGUUACCGUUACCUUGAUCGUAAACUAGAGAGACAUCAUAAAUCAUGGGAUGAAGAGAGUGAUGUUAGCAGUGUGGAUACAUCAGUUGAUGAGAUUUCUGAUCUGAACAAAGAUAUCGAGCACUUUGAGGAAAUGCGUUUUGGAAACAUUCGAAAGUGUCUAUGGCUAACCCUGGAAAAUCCAGGUUAUUCAAUUCCUAGCAAACUUUUCAGCUUGCUUUCAAUUUGUGUGGUUUUAAUAUCAAUUGUCACCAUGUGUAUCAAUAGCACUCCAGAGUACCAGAUAUUUGAUGAAAAUGGUAAUCCAACCGAAGACCCAACUAUGCAUGUUUUAGAAGUGUUCUGCAUCUGCUGGUUUACCUUUGAGGUAGUAACACGUAUGCUUCUUGCACCAAACCAUCGUAAGUUCUUCCUGCUACCACUAAACCUGAUUGAUAUCAUCUCAGUGAUGCCAAUUUACAUCACUGUCUUUUUUGAUCUCAUCAUUGGGAGUGAGUCUGAGCUGGACAACUUGGGAAAACUGGUCCAGGUUUUGCGGCUGAUGAGAAUCUUCAGGGUGCUGAAGUUGGCUAGGCAUUCAACAGGGUUAAGGUCCCUAGGUGCUACACUACGGCACAGCUACAGAGAGGUUGGAAUCUUAUUACUGUACCUGGCAGUCGGCGUAUCAGUGUUCUCCGGAAUAGCUUACACUGCAGAAUAUGAAGAAGAUGUUGGUUUGGACACGAUCCCAGCCUGCUGGUGGUGGGGGACUGUUAGUAUGACAACAGUGGGAUAUGGAGAUGUAGUGCCAGUGACAGUGGCAGGAAAGCUUGCAGCAUCUGGCUGCAUCCUAAGCGGUACCUUAGUUGUGGCAUUACCCAUCACCAUCAUUUUUAACAAGUUCUCACAUUUUUACCGCAAACAAAAAGCUCUUGAGGCUUCAGUGCGAAACAGCAACAACAAGAGGCUUAUUAUAAGACAACAGAGUAAUAGUGAAGACAGCGCAAUACAUGGUCAUAACCACUGUUUGGAGGAUGAAGAGAAGGAUGAAGAUGUGAAUUAUGAGAGAGGAGUUGUCAACUUUUGCUAUGAAGACCAUCCACUGACGUAUAGAGUCUGAUGUCUCCACUAUGCAAGAAAAGGAAUAUAUACUAAUAUCAAACAUCAUAUC